GAGCAAAGCUGCUUGCUAGUUGCUGGUUUCCUAGCUGAGCCCACAGGCAUUGAAAGCUCCCAGCAAAGUCAUCUACCAGACCCAAAGUUUUCCCUUCAACUUUUUGUCGCCAUCAAGCUUUGGCGUAAUAACGCACCUUUGAGCAAACUUUGUGCCUACCUAUUGAUCACCUCUUAUCCAAAUGCUAAGGAUGAGGUGUGUGCAGUAUCUGCUGCCCUGCAUGGCAGCGUUGGUCUAUGCCCGGAUUGUUCUAGGGGUAUCCAUGGAAGAAGAACUGGUGGUCCCUGUCAGGCUAGACAGUGACCAAGGUCCGGCUCAAGAUGGUAAGGUGAUAUACCGCCUGGAUGCUUUUGGAGAAGCCCUCACCUUGGAGUUGGAGCCUGACCCAAGUUUCCUCGCAAAGGACUUUAGUUUGCAAUAUGUGGGUAAACCCAAGUCUACUGGAGAAGACUCUGCAGAACCUCUUACCAACUUGGCCGACUGCUUCUACUCUGGCACUGUCAAUGGAGAUCCAGCUAGCAGUGCAGCCCUGAGUCUCUGUGCAGGGAUCCGAGGAGCCUUCUAUCACCGAGGGGAAGAGUAUUUCAUCCAGCCCAGCAACCACACAUUGACCAUGGCUUCAUCCACCAGCACUAUGGUUCUACAUCUGUUGAGCAAGAGGAGUCGCGUGAAGGCAAAGUGUGGCGUGACGGACAUGUCCCAGCAGCAGCUGGACUCAGAGGAGCCACAGUCCAGGCAACAUAUGGCCCCACCAGGAUCAGGAGGAAAUUCACGGAAAAAGAGAUUUGUCUCCAGCCCCCGCUAUUUAGAAACCAUGCUGGUGGCCGACCAGUCUAUGGCCGAAUUCCAUGGGAGCAAUUUAAAGCACUAUCUCCUGACCCUCAUGUCCGUAGCUGCCAAGCUUUACAAGCAUCCCAGCAUCCGAAACUCCAUCAGCCUGGUGGUGGUGAAGAUCCUGGUCAUCUACGAUGAGCAGAAGGGACCGGAGGUGUCCUCCAACGCUGCCCUGACUUUGAGAAACUUCUGCAGCUGGCAGAAGCAGCACAACCCACCCAGCGACCGCCAUGCAGAACAUUAUGAUACCGCCAUUCUGUUCACAAGACAGGAUCUUUGCGGAGCUCAGACAUGUGAUACCCUUGGGAUGGCCGAUGUUGGAACCGUGUGUGAUCCAAGUCGCAGUUGCUCUAUCAUUGAAGAUGACGGCCUGCAAGCGGCUUUCACCACGACCCAUGAACUAGGUCAUGUGUUCAAUAUGCCGCAUGACGAUGCCAAACAGUGUUCUGGAUACAAUAAUGAGAAUAAGGAUUCCCAUAUGAUGGCGUCUAUGCUGUCCAAUCUGGAUAGACAUGAACCAUGGUCUCCUUGCAGCGCAUUUAUGAUCACCUCCUUCUUGGACAAUGGGCAUGGAGAGUGCUUAUUGGACAAGCCCAGCAGACCCAUCCAACUUCCAUCAGAUCUCCCUGGAAUGCUGUAUGAUGCCAAUAAACAGUGCCAAUUUACAUUUGGAGAGGAAUCCAGACAUUGUCCAGAUGCCGCCAGCACGUGUACGACCUUAUGGUGCACCGGAGUCUCUGGAGGACUACUCGUCUGCCAAACCAAACACUUCCCCUGGGCUGAUGGAACCAGUUGUGGAGAAGGGAAAUGGUGUCUAAAGGGCAAGUGCACAGAAAUGACAGACAAGAAACACUAUGAGACUCCUGUACAUGGUGGUUGGGGAACAUGGGGCCAAUGGGGAGCAUGCUCUAGAACUUGCGGCGGUGGAGUCCAGUACUCUGUUCGGGAAUGUGACAACCCAGUGCCGAAGGAUGGUGGAAAAUACUGUGAAGGCAAAAGGGUUCAGUAUCGUUCAUGCAACAUCCAGGACUGCCCUGAAAAUAAUGGCAAGACAUUUAGAGAGGAGCAAUGUGAAGCUCAUAAUGACAUCUCCAGGACUCCUGGGAAUGGACCCAAUGUCGAAUGGACACCUAAAUUUGCAGGAGUCCGUCCUAAGGAUCGUUGCAAACUCGUGUGCCGUGCAAAGGGUACUGGAUUUUUCUUCGUGCUGAACCCCAGGGUAGCCGAUGGUACGCCAUGUAGUCCAGACUCAACCUCCAUAUGCAUCCAAGGCCAAUGUGUCAAGGCAGGCUGUGAUCGUGUAAUAGGUUCCAACAAGAAGUUUGACAAAUGUGGAGUCUGUGGAGGGAAUGGCUCAACCUGCAAGAAAGUAUCUGGGACAUUUACUAAAGCAAGAGCCGGGUAUCACGAUGUUGUCACCAUCCCAGCCGGGGCAACAAACAUUGAAAUCAAGCAACGCAACAGUAGAGGUUCAAUGCACGAUGGUAGCUACUUGGCUGUAAAGGCGGCCGAUGGCACCUACAUCCUCAAUGGUGACUACACUUUAUCCACUUUGGAACAGGACAUUUCCUACAAUGGCAACUUUUUGACAUACAGUGGCUCCACUGCAUCACUCGAAAGGAUCCGCAGCUUCAAGCCUCUGAGGGAAUCCAUCACCAUACAAGUCCUCACUGUGGGAGACUCACAAAGACUGAAAAUCAAGUACAUUUAUUUUGUCAAGAAACCAGCUCAACCAGAAAAGCCUUUGAAUAAGAAGAAAGAAUCCUUCAAUGCUAUACAAGAAACAAUUCUCUCCGAGUGGGUUAUCGGAGAAUGGGGUGAAUGCUCAAAGACUUGUGGAUUAGGCUGGCAGAGAAGAUCUGUAGAGUGCAAAGACUUAAGGGGUCAGCCUUCAAAAGACUGCCCGAAUGAGCUCAAGCCAGACGAUGUCCGGUCAUGUGCAGACAUUCCCUGUCCCCAGUGGCAAUUGGGAGAUUGGUCUUCGUGUUCUAAGACCUGUGGGAAGGGUUUUAGAAAGAGACUCUUGAAGUGCGUGUCUUAUGAGGGGAGCACUUUGCCUCAAGACAACUGCGACCCUCUAAAGAAGCCAAAACAUUUAAUAGACUUUUGUACUGUUUCCAUCUGCACUUAAACAGCGUCUGACCGAGAAUAUUAUUAGGUUCUUUGAAAAAAUAUCAACAUGCUGAAGGUCGUGUAGAACGGGUUGGUCGAUUGUACAAACCAGAAGAUGGAAAGUUUAUUGAGCAGGAACAGUGCAAAUAUCUGCUGGAUGGGUUGAACCAACAGAUGGUAUAAGUUACGUAGGUUUGAGAGAAGGGCAUAUUACUGUCUCUACAUCCUUCAUCUUUAGACCCCCUGGGGCAUUAUGGGUUUGCUUUAAAGCUUUUGGAGUCUGUUACCAGUUAGGGUUAAACAAUAAAGCCCAAUCCAUGGCAGCCAUAUUAUAUAUUAAAACUACCCGGGCUCCUUAAAGAUUAGAAGCCCACCAUUGACAAUUUCUAAGGGGCCUUCAGAUGUUUUUUGGGAUUUUGCCCUUGGUUAGGGUUAACCUACCUCAGUUAAGAAGGGCAAGAUCGGGAGCUGGACGUGAUCUGAAUAAUUCAUUAUGGCUGCUAUCAUAUCAGUAUAUUUUUAUAACGUAACAAAGCCAUAUUCUCAUUUAUGUGAGACGUGCAGAUUAGGUGGACCAAGG